UCUAUGGAGGUCAGCAGGUCACACCAGUACAUCACGUUGUUGUCCGCUUUCAUGACACAGCAGUAUAAAACUGCAGACUGGAAGGGAUAUUUCGGGACAACAGAAGCUCACCAUGAUAACCAAUAGAAGUACCGCUAUGCUGAAACAAUCCAACUCGCUGUCACUCCGUUUUCUUUCGACAACAGUAACUGCCAAGUCUCAACAACACCCUGAGUCGGCACCUGUACAGAGCGACCAGAGACUGCAGAAAUCUCACCUUUUGAUCGAGGGAUUUCAGGGGAGCGCAAAGUCGGUUUCUCUCAACAGAGCACGGCUGCUGCUAUCCACAGCAUUGAAACAUUCACAAGAAGGACCGGGGUUCCAAGGCAUUCAAGGUUAUGGCAAAGACCCUCGUCAAGCAUUCUGUCGGAGUUUUCACACUGGUGAGCAGCGCCCUCUUGUGGACCAGCCAGAUACUCGUGCAGUAGAUGUGGACAAUGAGACCAGUCCACAGGGUAUCCAGGGCGAUGGCUGCGUUAACUUCAAGCUAUGGAUGGAGAGUUGUCAGCGAUACGGCCUGCAAAACUGUGACCAACAGCUACAGGGGAUCCAGAGCGGAAGGAAAACACUGUCCCAGGUGCUGGCAGAACAAGAUGAACUCAUUCACAGCAUCUCUGAGAAGUAUCGUCAGCAGGUGUCUGCUCAGCACCAGGAAGAGGCUGCCGAGACCUGUAGUGUCCAAGGACUGCAGGGAGAUUUGAAUAGUUUCCCCAUAGUUGAUACCCCCUGCCCCCAGGGAGUGCAAGGGGAGGACUGUGUUAGGUUCAAACUGUGGCUGGAGAACUGCCACCGCUUUGGGUUCAAAGAGUGCAUGGACCAGCUAGAUAGUCUCAGCAAAGGAAGGAAAUCUCUUGGUCAAGUGUUUGCGGAACAGGAUCAGUUGAUCCGAAGUGUUGUCACACAGUACCAACAGCGGCGUGGAUACUCCACAUCAGCCCCUGACUCUAAGUCUGACCCCAAGGUUGGUCAAACUGAAACCCCUAAGCUCACUCAGGCAGAGCAGCUUAAAAAAACCUUUAAAGAAUAUGGAGCGACUGUGAUAGUAUUUCAUACAGGCAUAUCCCUGAUGUCUCUUGGCGGCUUUUACCUUGCAGUGUCCAGUGGAAUUGACAUGGUGUCACUUUUGGACAAGAUCGGGAUUGGGAAGACUUUGGUGGGAUCAGAGGCUGUUGUAGCGGGGGCAGGAACUUUUGUGGUGGCUUAUGCCGUUCACAAGGUGUUCGCUCCAGCACGAAUUGCCAUCACCGUCUCCGUAACACCCUUCCUUGUCAGAUAUCUGAGGAAAGUUGGCAUCCUGAAACCCCCCAAACCCAAGGACAUAAAACCUGUUGAAAAGUGAUUUUGGAUUUAAACAUGAUUAAGUCAAUUAGACCAACAUGUUUUGAAGAAGGUUCUGUGUUGGCCAGACAUGGAUCAAAAUGACUUGUAUGAGACUAAAAGUCAGGCUUCUAUGUGUACGCACAUCAUUUGUUAUGUACCGUUGAUUUUGUUGUAGGGAUGUUGUCCAAAUUACAACGAGGUAUGAGUGGCCCAAAGUCUUACAUGCCACCUGAUCGGUGUGUAGAGUUAUGUCCCUUGGUCAUAAAAGAACCUGAUAAUUAUGGGGUUGAAAUCCUGUCUUGGGUUGUCAUUUCUGUACCUGCCUACCUAGACCGCCAUAAUUUUAGACCUUCCUCUAACAUUUAAGUUACCAUGCUGGUAUAUAACUGAAAUACUUUAUCAGAGCUCUGCCAUGUCCGAAUCUGCACAUCUGGCUGUACAGAGUUGCUUCCCUUGGAUACAAGGCUAUGAUAAUUAUGGGUACAUGAUGUUCACCAUUUGCAUUGUUGUAAGUGAUGCAAGUCAAUAAACUAAGAACAGGAUUAUCAAAUCUUCUGCUGAAACAUUGUAAUUAAGAAGUUUUACAUAUUCAUUUUGCAUGUUCCGAUUGGUGACAAUCUGUUUCUUGCUGUGGCAUUGGCCAAUUUGAUGUUAGUGUGACGGCAACGUUAUCAGAUGUGACAGUGGAAAUCGAUCAAAUGGACAAAUGCUAUAAUGAAGUGUUCAAGUGAGUGAGUGAGUGAAUGUUGUUUUCCAUAGCAUCAUGAAGUGCAAUGACAAAAAGUCAGCCAAGUCACACGUAAUUUCUUGACCUUAUGUUCGCAUGGCGACCAAUAUGACAAGGAAUUCCACAUUGAUCUUUAUGUUAAAAGUUGGGUAGUGAAGGUCUUUCAUUGGCUACUAGUCACAUAGCCCAAGAUUAGAGAAAAUCUGGAGGGACGUGUUGUUCUGUCCUGAAAUUUAGAUCAUUUACUUGAGCCGCUUUUCCAGCAUGACCUGUGGUCUGGGUUGAUGUGAUAAUGCCGCCCCUCCAUUAAGACUGUGGCAAGACCUUCCUUCCCACUUUUCUACACUAUAGAUAGCAUAUUUUCUGUUUAUGUAUUUUGUUAAAGUGCUUCUGUGAAUGUAUCCUUACAUUAAUGAUUUGAGAUUUUGUUAUUUUUGGAUGGAUCAAUUGCUCUAAUAUAUUUUAAGAUGUAAAGCAUUAUCUCUGAAAUGAAACCGUUUUUUGGUGAGGAGAUGUGUUAAAGAAAUAAUAGAUAUUAUUACUGUUAUUAUUUGUUAGAGUAUGAUUAAAACUAUAACUUCUGUAAUUAUUAGUUAACUAUUAUACUCUGGACAGUAGAAAGCAUAUUUGGUAACUAUAACCUGUACCUCUUCUCUUUACUCUGAGUGAGAUUAUAGGAUUAGUUUACUGAACUCUCUUGGUAAUUCACUUAACUCUAGGAAAUAUGGCAUGAUAAUGAUGUUGGACAAAGAAUAGUUCUAUCUGGUGGUCAUAUUAAUUCCUAUAGUACUUUCAUUCACCCUGUGUCACAGUUGAUGUAGUGCAGAUGUUGAUAUGUGUAAUAGUGUAACUGUUAAGUGAGACUUCAAUAUCUGUGUCAUGAGGACACAGUCAUCUUCUCAAAUUUCAAACAGC